UGGGAGACGUCUUGCUCGCCUAUACAAGGAGGAACAGCAGCUCAGCAGCCAUUACACUGCAAGAGCAGUUCGCUGUGAUCGUUCGAUAGUGUUAUUGGGAGAGCAGUUCCUUAUCGGAAGGCAGUCUUAUAAUACUGUCAGAAACAUGCAGAUCUUCGUUAAAACAUUGACUGGGAAGACAAUCACGUUGGAGGUUGAAGCCUCUGAUACUAUUGAAAAUGUGAAAGCCAAAAUUCAAGACAAAGAAGGGAUUCCUCCUGACCAGCAGAGACUGAUUUUCGCUGGGAAACAAUUGGAAGAUGGCAGGACAUUGUCAGACUACAACAUCCAGAAAGAGUCAACCCUGCAUCUUGUGCUGAGGUUGCGAGGAGGCAUGCAGAUCUUCGUGAAGACGCUGACUGGCAAGACUAUUACACUUGAAGUGGAGGCAUCGGACACAAUUGAGAAUGUAAAAGCCAAAAUUCAGGAUAAGGAGGGCAUUCCACCAGACCAACAGAGGCUGAUCUUUGCUGGAAAGCAGCUGGAAGAUGGCCGAACAUUGUCAGACUACAAUAUUCAAAAAGAGUCCACACUACAUCUUGUCCUUAGGCUGAGGGGUGGCAUGCAGAUUUUUGUCAAAACACUCACUGGCAAGACUAUAACAUUGGAAGUUGAAGCAUCUGAUACUAUUGAAAAUGUCAAGGCAAAAAUUCAAGAUAAGGAGGGCAUUCCACCAGACCAACAGAGGCUGAUCUUUGCUGGAAAGCAACUGGAAGAUGGUCGCACACUGUCUGAUUACAAUAUUCAGAAGGAAUCCACUCUUCACUUAGUACUAAGACUGAGGGGUGGCAUGCAGAUCUUUGUUAAAACAUUAACUGGCAAAACAAUCACAUUGGAAGUAGAGGCAUCUGAUACAAUCGAAAAUGUAAAAGCAAAAAUUCAGGAUAAAGAAGGUAUCCCACCUGAUCAGCAACGUUUGAUUUUUGCUGGAAAACAACUCGAAGAUGGGAGAACUCUUUCAGAUUACAAUAUCCAGAAAGAAUCCACAUUGCAUCUGGUACUGAGAUUGAGAGGUGGUAUGCAGAUCUUUGUGAAGACUCUCACAGGGAAGACAAUAACCUUGGAAGUUGAAGCCUCUGACACUAUUGAGAAUGUAAAGGCAAAGAUUCAAGACAAAGAAGGAAUCCCACCUGAUCAACAGAGACUGAUAUUUGCAGGAAAGCAAUUGGAGGAUGGUCGUACCUUGUCAGAUUACAACAUUCAGAAGGAAUCUACUCUGCAUUUGGUGCUUAGGUUGCGUGGUGGUAUGCAGAUUUUUGUGAAGACCCUGACUGGUAAAACAAUUACUUUGGAAGUGGAAGCAUCAGACACCAUUGAAAACGUGAAAGCAAAGAUCCAGGAUAAGGAAGGCAUUCCACCAGACCAACAGAGGUUGAUCUUCGCAGGAAAGCAGCUGGAAGAUGGUCGCACAUUGUCUGAUUACAACAUACAGAAAGAAUCCACACUGCAUCUGGUGCUAAGACUUCGUGGUGGUAUGCAAAUUUUUGUGAAGACUCUCACUGGUAAAACCAUCACACUGGAAGUAGAGGCAUCAGAUACAAUUGAAAAUGUGAAGGCAAAGAUUCAAGAUAAGGAAGGUAUUCCACCAGACCAGCAGAGACUGAUUUUUGCUGGAAAACAACUUGAAGAUGGCCGUACAUUGUCUGAUUAUAACAUCCAAAAAGAGUCUACCCUUCAUCUUGUUCUCAGGCUUAGGGGAGGAAUGCAGAUCUUUGUAAAAACACUGACAGGGAAGACAAUCACUUUGGAGGUAGAAGCUUCUGACACCAUUGAAAAUGUUAAAGCAAAGAUACAAGAUAAAGAAGGCAUCCCACCAGACCAACAGCGUUUGAUUUUUGCCGGCAAACAGCUGGAAGAUGGAAGAACAUUGUCAGACUACAAUAUCCAAAAGGAAUCUACCCUACAUCUAGUGCUGAGGCUCAGAGGAGGUAUGCAGAUCUUUGUGAAGACCUUGACAGGCAAGACUAUAACUCUGGAUGUUGAAGCUUCAGAUACAAUUGAGAAUGUUAAGGCAAAGAUUCAGGAUAAGGAAGGAAUACCACCUGACCAACAGAGGCUUAUCUUUGCUGGGAAGCAACUUGAAGAUGGUAGAACUCUUUCAGAUUACAAUAUACAGAAAGAAUCCACACUACAUCUGGUGCUGAGGCUACGAGGAGGUAUGCAAAUUUUUGUGAAGACCCUGACCGGUAAAACAAUUACGUUGGAAGUGGAGGCAUCAGACACAAUUGAAAAUGUGAAGGCAAAGAUUCAAGAUAAGGAAGGCAUCCCUCCGGACCAGCAGCGUCUGAUCUUUGCUGGUAAGCAGCUGGAAGAUGGGCGAACCCUGUCUGACUACAACAUUCAGAAGGAAUCUACUCUGCAUCUGGUGCUGAGGCUGCGUGGUGGUAUGCAAAUUUUUGUGAAGACUCUCACUGGUAAAACCAUUACACUCGAAGUAGAAGCAUCAGACACGAUUGAAAAUGUGAAAGCAAAGAUCCAGGAUAAGGAAGGCAUUCCACCAGACCAACAGAGAUUGAUCUUUGCAGGCAAACAGCUGGAAGAUGGAAGAACAUUGUCAGACUACAAUAUCCAAAAGGAAUCUACACUACAUCUAGUGCUGAGGCUUCGAGGAGGUAUGCAAAUUUUUGUGAAGACCCUGACUGGUAAAACAAUUACUUUGGAAGUGGAGGCAUCAGACACAAUUGAAAAUGUGAAGGCAAAGAUUCAAGAUAAAGAAGGCAUCCCUCCAGACCAGCAGCGUCUGAUCUUCGCUGGUAAGCAACUGGAAGAUGGGCGAACCCUGUCUGACUAUAACAUCCAGAAGGAAUCUACUCUGCAUCUUGUGUUGCGGCUGCGUGGUGGUAUGCAGAUUUUUGUGAAGACUCUUACUGGCAAGACCAUUACGUUGGAGGUGGAAGCUUCUGACACCAUAGAGAAUGUGAAAGCUAAGAUCCAAGAUAAGGAAGGCAUCCCCCCAGAUCAGCAGCGACUUAUCUUCGCAGGCAAACAAUUGGAAGAUGGACGCACACUUUCAGACUACAAUAUUCAAAAAGAAUCCACCCUUCACUUGGUACUUCGUUUGAGAGGUGGAUAUUGAUAAAUGGAAAGUGUUCUCAAAUUUAAAGUUGACUGCAAGAAAUGUUUUAUGCCAAAAGUAUUAAAUUUCAUAAAUUUUGAAUUUUUUUUACUGUAAUGGUUGCUGAACUGAAUUUCUAAUAAACCUGUAUUUAAAUUGUUUGGUA